CACAGCAUAUAUGUGUUAGUUAAUUUGGGCAUGGCAGCGACGCGUUUGGGUAGACGAAUAGGCACAGCGGCGAAGGAGGAGCUAAGAAGUAAGAAGAAAGCAUGGCGUGAUUCUUUCAUGGCCGCUGCGUCUCGCGCAGUCGCCGAACGAAUCCCAAUGGCGGAUCUCAUCGUCCAUGUCAGAGACGCAAGGAUUCCGCUGUCUUCCCAAUGCGACAUUCUCGCAAACAAUUCACGUUCCUCGCCCAAACAAAUCAUAGCGCUCAACAAAAUGGAUCUCGCUGCCACAUCGUCUCUCAAGGCAUGGAUGGAAUAUUUUAGGGAAAGGAACUGCAUAUCUUGUGGAGUCAAUGCUCAUAACAAGGACAGCAUCAAACAGCUUUUAAGCCUAAUACAACGCCAAGUGAGUGAAUUGAGGGGAACUGAUCAGUGUGACAAUAAUUAUACUGCUACAGUAAUGUUAAUUGGGAUUUCUAAUGUUGGAAAGUCGGCACUUACCAAUGCCUUGCAUCAAGUAGGGAGAAUCAGUGCAGCAGAAAAGGGAAAGUUAAAGCAUGCAACUGUGAGUCCAGAGCCAGGGGAGACUAAAGAUAUACGAAGUUUUAAGAUUGGUAGCCAUCCCAACAUCUACGUAUUAGACACUCCAGCUAUUUUAUCUCCCAAGGUUCCUAGUGUUGAUGUUUUAUCUAAAUUAAUUUUAACAGGAGCAAUUGGAGAUUGUUUGGUCAGGAGAAAAGAAGUUGCUCAAUAUUUUCUAGCUGUUCACAACUCUAGUGAGCAAUAUAAAAAAUGGGCAAAAUUAUCUACCAGUGAUAAUGAUAGAUUAUUCCUUAACGGCACAACAGAAUGCUUCUUGACUAGCUCUGGGUUGCAUAUGAAGCAGAAAAACAAAAUCCCAACUGAUCACACACAGGACUGCAUAGUGCAGGAUGUUCGACGAACACUUUUUGAAACAAUUUCAUCUUUUGAAGGCGAUUUAAGAUGUGAAGAUGAAAUGGAAGCACUUAUUGCUAGGCAGUUUACUGCCUUACAGGAAGCGUUCCGCAUUUCAAUUGAAUGUGAAGAAGAAGCUCAUGACAAGGUUGCUGGGAAGUUGCUUAAUCUUUUUCGUACAGGCCGUCUUGGACAUUAUAUUUUAGAUCAUCUUCCCAGAAAUAUUCAAUGAUCAUUGUUGGCUAAUUGAUACAAGUACUUCUAUGAUAGAGUCAUUUUGUGAAAAGUCAUUGCUUGCCAUUGUAUCUUCCUGUUGGUCUGUUGUAUCCUUUUUGGUUGAAGAGUUAAGAGUAGUCAGGUGUAUGUAUAGGUGUCAAGCUAUUGAAUAAUCAGAAUUUAAGAUUUCUUUCUUCUCUCAGCUCUCUUCCUCUGUUCGCCCCUUCUAUAUCAUUUUACCAUUUCUCCUUUUAACUACCUCUAUCAUUUGUAUCAAAGCUUGAUCCUUGGUCAUGAACUCAUGGUGAAUGCAACCCGUUCUCAAGUUUGCUGCAUUUAAGCAGCAAUCGAAUGGUAUAAAU